AUGAUAGUAUUAUAUAAAAUUAAUUUAAUAGUUAAAUUUACUAUUUUUAAAAGGAGAAAGAUCUAGAUUAAAGAAAUAUUAUACUUAAUUAUCUUUGUAUUAUAACUAAUUUGUAUUUGCCUAACAAAAACCAAUGUUUGCAAUAUGUAUAAGUUGGAUUCUAAAUAGUUAUUUUUAUAUAAUGAUAAUUCUAACCAUAAUUGAUGUAUUGAUAACUAUGUUUAUAAUAAUCUAUUAUGGUAGAAAAUUAAAGAGAGUUUUGGAUUAUGUAAAAUAAAGAUUCUCUUUAAAUAAAAAUGAAAACAACCAGCAAGGUAUCCAAAGUCCUUUUUUUGAAGCAGAUCUACCUAAUGAAAAGAUUCAUUAGAUAUAGAUGGUAGUGUAUUCAAUAACAUUUAAUACAAUAUUGUACAUAAUAAUAAUUUUAAUACUUUUUUUGAGUGAUAAAAAUUUAUUAUGUAAUUUUGAAUAAGAUGACAAGUUGGAUGUAAAAAAUAAUAUUCUGAUUUUUAUAUUUACAGCAACAUAAUUAUUUCCAUGUUUUAUGGUUCCAUAUGCAUUCAACUAUAGAUUAAAAGAUAAUGCAAAUAAGUAAUCUAAUAUUGAUAUAUUAUAAGUGAUGAUGGAUUAGAAUUUACAAGAGAUCGAAGUUCAUCAUCUAAAUUUCAAAUAGAUGAAAGUAACGAUUAUUUUGUAUAAAGAUUGACUAAAGGGAGAGUUAAAUAAGAUGCUGAUUGA